GGGGUCAAAAGAAAUAGAAUAUAAAAUUGAGAUGUUCUAACAACUUAGCUUGGUAGCAUCUACGUGACAGCGCUGUCCAGUUCCAGCAAACAUGUCUCCAUCUAAAGCUCCCACUCUCUCCAACCCAGGAAAAACCGUCCUCAAGCCAGCCCGCCUUGCACACUUCGUGUUGAAGACACAACCAUCUACCUACCGUCGGCUGGUGGACUACUACAAGACCUUUCUGAGCGCGGAGGCAAACUACGAAGACGACCACAAUGCCUUCAUAACUUACGACGACGAACACCACCGCAUCGGCAUAUGUGCCUUCGAAUGGUGUGUCCCACAAGUACGCCAAUCCACGGGCCUCGUGCAUACCGCCUUCGCCUUUGAGACUCUUUUCGACCUCGCGCUGGCGUACAGACAGAGGAAGGCCAACGGUAUCGAGCCGUACUGGUGUGUCAAUCAUGGCCCCACCACCAGCAUCUACUACAAGGACCCGGAUGGCAAUGACAUCGAAACGUUCGUUGAUAACUUUGCGACGGUUGAGGAAACGAAGAUUGCUAUGGACACGCCCGUGUUUGCGGCAAAUCCGGCGGGCUUGGAGUUCGAUCCGGAAGUAUUCGUGCAGCGGCUUGAGGCGGGAGAGAGCGACGCGUCGAUCAAGAAUCUGGAGAAUAUGCCAUCAUAUACAAGCAAAGGGGGGCGGCCGUAUGUGCUAUGAAUGGCUUACUA